UUCUCUAUCUCGUGCUACUGCUGCCUAUAUAAAUCUCGACGAAGCCCCCGCCAUAGACGAUCAUACAAACGUUUCCAUUUCAAAUUUUCAACUAUUUCCACUCUCUGAAGCUUCUGGAGAUCUUCAUUCCAUUUUUCUUCUCAGAGGUCUGCAAAAAUGGUUGUGGCGCAGAAAGUGAAAGAAGCAGAGAUCACCGAACAGGACUCGCUGCUCUUGACGAGGAACUUGCUCCGUAUAGCUAUCUUCAACAUCAGUUACAUUAGAGGCCUCUUUCCAGAGAAGUACUUUAAUGAUAAAUCGGUUCCUGCUUUAGAUAUGAAGAUCAAGAAGCUGAUGCCCAUGGAUGCUGAAUCACGCCGAUUAAUUGACUGGAUGGAGAAAGGGGUCUACGAUGCACUACAGAGAAAAUAUCUGAAGACGCUCAUGUUCUGCAUCUGUGAAACAGUUGAUGGCCCUAUGAUUGAGGAAUACGCUUUUUCUUUCAGCUAUUCCAAUUCUGAUAGCCAGGAAGUCAUGAUGAACAUCAGUCGCAUUGGGAAUAAGAAACAUGGAGGCACCUUCAAAUGCAAUUCCACUUCUGAAAUUACUCCCAAUCAGAUGAGGAGCUCUGCCUGCAAAAUGGUCCGUACACUGGUUCAGUUGAUGAGGACUCUCGACAAAAUGCCAGAUGAGCGCACCAUAUUGAUGAAGCUCCUGUACUAUGAUGAUGUGACGCCGGCAGAUUACGAGCCACCAUUUUUUAGAGGUUGUACUGAGGAAGAAGCUCAUCAUGUAUGGACAAAAAAUCCUCUUAGAAUGGAAGUUGGGAAUGUGAACAGCAAACAUCUUGUGUUAACGUUAAAGGUGAAGAGUGUGCUUGAUCCUUGCGAGGAUGAAAAUGAUGACAUGCAAGAAGAUGGAAAGGGUUUGGGAGCUGAUUCUGUUCAUGGAGAUCAGCUCUCUGAUUCAGAUAGCGAGAUCAGUCAAUCACAAGAAGAUCAAUACAUUGUGGCUCCAGUGGAAAAACAAGGAGAUGAAAAUAAUGGAGAGGUCGACGAAGAUGAUACGCAAGAUCCGGUUGAAAAUGAACAACAGUUAGCUAGGGUGAAAGACUGGGUCAACUCCUGCCAUCUUGACACUCUGGAGCUUACAGAUAUCCUCUCAAAUUUCCCAGAUAUCUCAGUGGUUUUGACUGAAGAAAUUGUGGAUCAGCUCGAGAAAGAAGGUGUUCUGUCAAAGACAGGGAAGGACACUUACAUAAUAAACAAGGAGAAGACACCAGAUGACAAAUUCAAUUUUGUGAAAGAAGAAGUGGAUGGUCAAACUCUUCCAAAGUAUGGGAAACCAGUAGCUCCUGAGGAUUACAUGUACAUGAAGGCUUUGUACCAUGCUCUUCCAAUGAAGUACGUUACCGUUACAAAGCUACAAAACAAGCUGGAUGGUGAAGCAAAUCAGACGACUGUCCGUAAAUUGAUCGAUAGAAUGACCCAAGAAGGUUACGUCGAAGCUUCAGCCAACCGUAGGCUAGGAAAGCGUGUGAUCCAUUCUAAUCUAACCGAGAGGAAGCUGAAUGAGGUCAGAAAGGCUCUCGAUUCAGACCAUAUGGAUGUGGAUGCUAGUGAUGCUCAAAACAAGACCAAUGGCUCCGUGGUCAACAUGAUCACAGGAAGCAACCACAGGGACAUAUCCACAUGCGGUGGCAUCCACUCCAUCGGAUCAGACUUCACGCGGACAAAAGGAAGAUCUGAACCGUACCAAAACGGAUCGGUCCAAAGUGAUCAGACAAUCUCCAAAGCAAGAGAGAAUGGCAGCACUCCCAUUAGCAGGGCACAGCCCGUGGCUUCGAUAGAGAGCGUUGUCCCUGGGAACAAGAACAGCGCAGUUAAGAACAGCGAUGACCAGGACAAUAAUGUCACUUGUAGCCAACCGUCCCAAGAGAGGCGUGGCAGGAAAACAAGCACGGUCAGGGAGCCGAUCCUUCAGUACUCUAAGCGCCAGAAAUCUGUGCCUGCUGCUUGAUUUAUGCAGUUGUUGACUUUGGUCAACGGAAGUACUAUACCCCCCACGUUUGAAUCUUCCUUCCCUCUUUAUAUUGCUUUAUGGAUUUUUAUUUCCUGGGCUUGGGCUUUUUGGUUUCACGUCUGGACAACAGGGGCUUGGUUUAUAUCCGUAUGUUCUCUGUGUUCCACUGUGAUAUAAUAUUGUUCUUAAACAAAACGUCGAGUAAAAUAAUGUGCUUAUCCAAAAAAAAAAAAAAAAAAAAAGUAACAGUACAUGUCCAUUUGUCGUAAGUUGUCUUUGUUUAUUAAUAAGUUUCGAUUGGAGUCUGUUCUAAUCUACCCGAGCGACACAAAAUCGGAGACGUACACGUGUCCUGGGCGGAGUCCCCUAGUUUUCCCUAGAAUUCUCCAAAUUGGGGCCCACAGCCCAGAGGCACCCACAACUUUCUCUGAAAACGAUUCGCUUGGUUAUCCAAC